AUGGUAAUAUGGGACACUGGCCAAGAGCUGCCGACAUUUCUACUUUCAGCAUACCUGGAUGACCAGCUUUGUGGUUAUUACGACAGCAGCACGAGGCGGUUCGUUCCUCGAGGCCCCUGUAUAAAGAAAGCAGAGGAGGAUGACCCCUCCCUUUGGGACGUCUACACUGAGAGGGCAUCUGGUGUGGAGCUCGGUUUCAGGCGUCACCUGCUCGUCCUGUUGAAACACCGCAAACAGAGUGAGGGGGUUCUCAUCUGGCAGGAGAGGCUUGGCUGCAACCAGGGCAAGGACAGGAGCAAAAGAGGGUAUGACCGGUGUGGCUACAACGGGAGGGAUUUCAUCACCUUUGACUAUGAAGCCCUCACCUGGAUUGCACUUGAUGCAAAUGCAGAAGUGAUCAAGAGGAAGUGGGAAGCUGACCCAGGCUUUUCCCAGAGAAGGAUUGUACAGCAGGAGGACUGCCUUCAGACGCUACAGCAAUUCUGGAAAUAUGGGAAGGAAACUCUGCUGAGAAAAGAGCCCCCAGCAGUGAAGGUGUCACGCAAGGUGAGCUAUGACAGCCUGGAGAUCCUCACCUGCCGCGCUCAUGGCUUCUACCCCAAAGAGAUCAAUGCCACCUGGAGGAAGGAUGGGAAGCCCUGGGAGCAGGAGACCUCUCCUGGGCGUGUUGUCCCCAACUCAGAUGGCACCUACCACACUUGGAUCAGCGUCAAGAUUGAGCCCAAGGACAGGGACCACUACUGGUGCCACGUGGAACAUGCUGGCCUGAUGGAGCCGCUGGACCUGGUCUGGCAGGAGUCUGGUGAGAGACUGGGCCUCAGUGGGUCGCCUUGUGGGAGUCGUCUUCGGGGUCAUGGCUGCUGUGCUUAUCCUGCCUGGCAUCAUAAUUUACAUUUGUAA